GCCAGAAUUGGCAUGCUGAUCCUUGCAGCUGCUCAGCAGAAGCUGGACCUCUGGCAUGAUGCUUUCCUCCCAUGAGCCCUGGACAGCCUUCUUCAUGCUCUUCUUCACCACUGUGCUCCAGUGCUCCUGUUCUGCAGCAGCUGGAGUCUCCAACAUAUCAACAAGCACCAUGCACACAGUCGAGUAUGAACCGCCAUGUCUUAAGGUAGACUUCUGUACACUAGCAGCAGUGUGCUGUCCAACUGGUGUGGAUGAUUACGGAUGGAUUGCAGCAGCUGUUGGCUGGAGCCUCUGGUUUCUGACUCUCAUUCUUCUCUGCGUGGAAAAGGUCAUGAAACUCCGUCCCGAUGAGCCCAAAUAUUUGGUAGCCUGAAGCAGGGCAAGUCAGUGAGCAGCAGUGAGGUUCAGACAGACUGACAAAGCAUUUCUAUCACUUCCUGAGAAACAGAAAAGAACUUGCCUUCAGCUAAAAGAACUCCACACGUAAGUGGGGUAUCUGCUGCGGCUCCGUCCUUCCUGGAAUGCCGGAGCUGCUGACCCAAGCUGGCCACCAUGCACAUCCCAAUGCACACAGACAACAUUUAGUAUCAUAGAAUCAUCAAGGUUGGAAAGAUCACUAAGAUCAUCUAGUCCUACUGUCAGCCUGUCCCCACCAU